CUCCUCGCUUAUCCCCCUGAACCCCUGGUAUCCGUUCGGCACGCCAACCCCUUCCACCUCUCUGGUCCGCGUCUUGGUGGUCUUGGUCGUCUUGGUCCGGAGGGCGAACUUCCAUAACCUGUAAUGGGGUUGGCUUCGGCGCAGUAUCUGGGGGAGCUCCAUGCGGGGGAAAUGAGUGUCUCGGCAUGUCCAGCUGUUUAUAUCUGGGGGACGAUCGUCACCUUGGGGAAGCAGAUCACCUCCCUUCUCCUCUGUGUGGUCUCUCUCUCUGUCUCUCUGUCUCACUCACUUCAGUGAGCAAACCACGUAGACACACACACGCACGCACGCACACACACACACACACACUUCCUCCUCCCCUUCCUCCUCCAUCAUGACGCGCUCUCUUAACACCCUCGGCCUGGCCGCCACCCUCCUGGCCGGUGCCGCCGUCGCCCAGAAACCCAUCGGCGGCGAGGACAACCACCCGGCCAUCAAGACCUACCGCUGCACCGUCGCCGACGGCUGCACCGAGCACACCAACUACCUCGUCCUCGACUCGCUCGCCCACCCGGUCUACCGCGCCUCCGACGGCGGCAGCUGCGGCACCUGGGGCAACCCCCCGCCCGAGGAGGCCUGCACCACCAAGGAGGAGUGCGCCGAGAACUGCCUGAUGGAGGCCAUCCCGGACUACUCCGUCUACGGCAUCGAGACCGAGGGGGACUCCAUGACCCUGUACCAGCUCAGGGACGGCCAGCUGGUCACCCCGCGCGUCUACCUCCUCGAGGAGGACAAGCAGAACUACGAGAUGGUCCACCUCACCGGCGCCGAGUUUACUUUCGACGUCGACGUGUCGCGCCUGCCCUGCGGCAUGAACAGCGCCCUCUACCUGUCCGAGAUGCUCCAGGACGGCGCCAAGAGCGAGUUGAACCAGGGCGGUGCCAACUUUGGCACUGGAUACUGCGAUGCUCAGUGCUACGUCACUCCUUUCAUCAAUGGGGAGGGUAACGUCGCGGGUCGCGGCUCGUGCUGUCCUGAGCUGGACAUCUGGGAGGCCAACUCCCGCUCCACCCUCAUCGCCCCCCACCCCUGCAACAUCACACAGGUCUUCGAGUGCGAGGGCGAGGAGUGCGAGUUCGAGGGCGUCUGCGACAAGUGGGGCUGCAGCUGGAACACCUACCGCGUAGGCCAGGACGACUACUACGGCCGCGGCGACGACUUCACCGUCGACACCACCAAGCCCUUCACCGUCAUCACCAACUUCCCCGCCGACGCCGAGGGCAACCUGGUCGAGAUCCACCGCGCCUACGUCCAGGACGGCCGCCUCAUCCGCUCCGAGGUCGUCCGCCGCGACGACAUGCCCGAGGUCAACUACACCAACGACGAGUUCUGCGAGGCCACCGGCGGCGCUCGCCGCUUCCUCGAGCUCGGCGGCCACCAGGAGAUGGGCGCCGCCAUGACCCGCGGCAUGGUCCUCGCCCUCAGCCUCUGGUGGGACGAGGGCGGCUACAUGAGCUGGCUCGACGGCGCCGCGGACGGCAACGGCCCUUGCAACGCCACCGAGGGCGCGCCCAGCAACAUUGUCCAGAUUGAGCCCAACCCGGUCGUCACCUUCGCCAACAUGCGCUGGGGUGAGAUUGGCUCGACCUGGCAGGCUACUUGCCAGAAGCGCGUGUAAGAGGUGUAAGGGGACGAGUUCUCUCUCACCUCUGGCUACUCAGAGUCUCUGGUACACUGGGGAGAGGCAGAGCCGGAAGAGAACAAGGGACAGUCUGGGUGUUCAUAUAUAUAUAUACUGUGCCGACAUACAUAUCCAUGUAUGGCACUGCACAUCAGGCUGAGGUGCCCAG